UUAUUGAUUGGUUCUCAUUAAAAUGAAGGAUGCUUUUAUAAGUGUAAUCUUUGUAUUCACUGUCAUUCAUGUUUCGAUCGACAUCAUCAUAGUGCUGAGACGGAUACCACGUUAGAUGUGUCAGAUGCCGAUUCGUACUGAGGGUAUCCAUAUGGGAAAUCGAUAGACAACGCAAAUGGUGACUAACGAGUUAUCUGGGAUCAGGUCAUGUUCUCUGAUCAUACUAUUAUCAACAGCUGUGUGCUCGAAUCGAAAUUUUAUUUGGAAGGAAAAUGUAACGGAAGAAAACCUUAUCUACAAUGAUGGCGUCGUAUUUACGCAACAGACGGCAAGCGCCAUUAACUGUGCUUGGGCCUGUCAAACCCACUCCAUGCCGUGUUUAGACUUCACCUAUACGACUACGACCGAGGAGUGCCGAGGGUACGACGGAAUAUCACAUGACUCUGUCAGCCAUGUGAACACAAAAAUGUGGAGACAAGUCUGUCGUCUGGACGGGUACACAUACGACCCGACCUUCCGUGUGUGUAUUCGUCUGUACACCACCGCUAGGAACUGGCUCGGGGCUCUGGAGGCAUGCUAUACCGACACGGCAUAUCUUCUUAUAUUGGAUACGAUAGAGAAAGUCCGGGCUACGAAAACCGGUGUUCACAAGGACCUCUUCUCAGAAUCAGAUAGAUGGUGGAUAGGGGGUUAUGAUAAUGACACGGAAACCAAAUGGAUCAAUGGCGAAAAUAUCGACAUACCAAGCGAGAUCUGGUAUUCUUCAAACCAGCCGGACCACGACCAUGAAGAGUGCAUAAAUCUUUUCAUAAACUCUCUCGGAAUCAAUGAUCAAACCUGUUCUCAUCUAAUGUAUUAUGUUUGUCAGGAAAACAUUUGAAAUGUUUAAAAGCUCAUUCAUGAACUGUCCAUGAAAUACACUAAUCAAUAUGCCAUAUAAUUGAGAUUAAAUUUAUCAUUGUCUGAU